CAACAAGAGACUCACAACACCCUCCUCAAACUCUCUGUCUCUUAGAAAACUAAGCUUCUUUAUACUCAUCAUCUUCAUCAAAAUGGCGAAAGGUGGAAAGCUACUGAAGCUCAAGUCAGUCCUCAAGAAGUGGAACUCAUUCAGCAAAAGCAACCGCCACAGCAUCUGCUCCAUAGCCUCCGCCGACGACGACGUCAGCUACUCAUCCUCCAACGACGUCGUCUCCUCUGGAGACCUUCAGGCCGUCUACGUCGGCAAGUCUAGAAGACGCUACCUCGUCGGCCCCGACGUCGUCCACCACCCCCUUUUCAAGGAGCUGGCAGAGAGAUCCGACGACGACGACUCAAUCAAUGUCGCAUGCGAGGUGGUGUUGUUCGAGCACCUGCUCUGGAUGCUCGAGAACGCCGAUCCUCAGCCGGAAUCGAUGAACGAGCUCGUCGAGUUCUACGCUUGCUGAUCGAGAAAAGAUUAAGGAAUGUAUAUGCAUGGUAACUGCUACUACUACUAGGUGAAAUUAAGGUGAAAGUGACGACUGAGAAAGAAGAAUAAGAAAGAGGAGGAUUGUACAUUCUUUUUUAAGAGAUUUAAAAGUUACUGUAGGUAAAAGAUUGAGAGUGUGAUUUGAUUGCACGGUUGAGGACGAUUUAACCCAAUAAUAUUUCACAUCCAUCUUAGGCUCCCAUCAAGCUGGUCGACAUUGCUCAGCUCUAUCUGUACAAUUCUUCUUUGUCAAUCUAAAGAUAUGUAAUGAUCUCUAUUUUUCAUACAAUUCCUCUAUUUUGUCUGAUAUCUACGGGUAGAUAACAUUUUACAU